AUUAUGGAUGCUUGUUUUAGUUGAGAGAUGCAGAUAACUUCACUAAGGAGGACUUGUUCCUUGUGACGUAUGGUGACCAACUGUUUGACAUGGGAAUCACAAAUGUAUAUAAGGUGGCCAGAGAAGACAAGGAGAUUUUAAUUGAAAUGAUAAAGAAACAUCACAUAUACUACAGUAUGUUCUUUAGAAUAUCAGGAGAAAUCUCCCAAUUCACCAGUGGGAUGAAUGAUGUAAACAAGGCAUGGGACAUGAUCACUUCACAUGCGGAACUUUUCAAGCCAAUCUUCUGCUUCAAGCCCAAAGAGAUCUCUGGAGAAGAUAUGUUAAGACUCUUCAAAUUCAACUACAGUGAGCCUGGUUCCAACAACAGAGCUCUGGAAGAUCUCACCGUAUUUGGUUGGGAAUCAUUUCUUCAGUCAAUUGAAGAUGGAGACAGUGAAGUCACAUUUUCUGAAAUUCUUGUUUUUGUGACGGGGUCAGACCAUAUUCCACCAUGUGGAUUUUCUAAAUUGAUUGAUGUUGACUUUUACACCAUUGAAGGUCGACUUCCAUCCACAUCAACUUGUGCUCUUCAGCUGUGGUUGCCCAGAGUUACAGACCCUGGCAUGAUUACAACUACUAUGGUUAGAGUUUUGACAGGAUAUUACGGAUUUUUGAAAGUGUAGUUCAUUCAAUAUCUUGUUAAUGAACAGUUACAUUAUCAGAGUUGACAGUGCAUAUGUUUCGAUCAGUCUUUGAACUCUUUGUUAGUUUCGUGUUUAUGCUACUGUCACAAGUUUAUGAUGUACAUUGAUGACUGAAUAUCUUUAAUGCAAACAUAUUUAGUGACAGAUGUUUACCUUUGACAUUUUGUUCUCUCCUUUUGUUUUUAAUUUGUUCUCACUAUGCAAGUGAUGGUGUAACUAAGUUUUACUUUGUUUGUUGUGCCUUAAGAAGAAUAAUUUCAUAUAAUUAUCAUUUUUAUACAUUUAAAUGUUAACAUAUAUAACACAAUCAAUGCAAGAAUAUCAUUUAUUGUUUAGAGCUACUGACAUCAUCAUGAACAACUGUCAGAUAUUGAUUUGCCAGUAUUUGUUUCAUAGCAACAUCUACUUCCAUAAUUUUUAGCUCAUGGUGAGCUUUUGUAAUCGUUGGGUUUUUAGCUCUGACAAUAUACCAACAUGACACUGUUAUAGUUUUGUGCUUAUGAUUUUUGUUGCUAUAUUAUAUAUUAACUAUUUUUCAAUGACUGAAAGUCUGAAGUAAGACAAAUGAUCAGUAAAUGCUUAAACAGUUGCUUAAGAUUUAUGACUUGGCAGCUGUGAUACUUAACUGUUUUUAGCUCACCUGUCACAGAGGGUCAAGGUGAGUUUUUCUGAUGACAUUUUCUCAUUCACCGGUCUGUGUGUCCCUUCGUAAAUGUUUCCUCGUAAACAGGCUAGAGACCGCAUUUAUUAAUUUAUUUUAACCAAACUCUCAGUCAAGUUCAAAAACCAGCCAGAUCCCACAAUAUGGCCCCUGAUAGGGCCACAAUGGCUGUUGUGGCUUUUGUAGCAUUAUAGUGCCUACAUUUAUAUUUUCAUUUGUUCCAAACAUGCACACAACCUGUUACAGCAAUAGCUCUUGGAUUCUGUGUAAAAUGGGUCAGAUCCGGGUAUGUGUUCAAGAGUAAUGGCCCCUGAUUGGUCCCAAACAGGUCUAAUAUGUCAUUGUGAACAUGAUAGAGGCCGCAUGUUUUAGUGUAGUUUAACACAACCUCUACCACCAUAAGA